AUGACUACUCAUUUCAAGCCUAUUCAACCCUUACGAGAUGCGAAUGCUGAGGAUGGUUUUAGUGAUGAACAAAAAUACUGGAUGAAACUAGAGGAAGCAGCUGUUUUUGAAGAAUCAUGUUGCAGUUGCGAUUUCAAACCUUCCACUCCUUAUUCAUUGGCUGUAGCCGGAGGAAGCAGAGUUAUUGUAUUCGAUACAGCCACAACAGAGCAGUCUGCGAUUUAUUCUCGUUUUAAAACUUCAAUAUGUUCGAUUAAAUAUAGGCAUGAUGGCGCUUUGUUAGGUGUAUCCACAGAAAAUGGUUUUCUACAAUUUUUUGAUACUCAUAGCGAAAAGCCUCGUAAACAAGGUCUACGUACUCCAAUUCGAACAAUUAAAGCGCACAAAAGUCAAAUUUAUUCAUUUCAAUUUGAUGCUAGUGGGCAUAAAGUAGCCUCAUUUUCUGAUGAUUGUUACACAAAAUUGUUUGAUUUGGCAACCGAAAAUGCUUCUCCAAUUUGGAAUUGUGGGGCACAUAUGGAUUUUAUUAGAACGGGUGCUUUUGUUCCCAACAAUGAAUUUUUAUUGGCGACAGGAUCUUAUGACAACACAAUUCAUUUAUGGGAUACUAGGCAAGAUGGAAGCAGUUUUGUACGUGAAUUUAAUCAUGGUUUACCUGUCGAAAAAAUUUUGUUUGUGUCUUCACAAAAUAAUUUACUUGCUUCAGCUGGUGGAAAUUUAAUAAAAUUUUGGGAUUUAAAUAAUGGCCAGAUUGUCAAGGAAUUGCAACUUCAUAAGAAGACGAUAACUUCCCUCAAUUUAUCAAAAGAUGAGACCUUUUUAAUUAGUGGUUCAGUUGAUCGGCGAGUUAAUAUUGUUAAAUUGGACAAUUUUGAUUUGAUUCAUACUUGGCAUUUGGAUGCACCCAUACAAUCCUUGGCUAUUGACCAUUCAGAUAAUCAUCUUGCUUUUGGGUUAGGAAAUAAUAAUUUGGCUAUUUGGAGGCGAAAGGAAGAAGAAAAAGUUGAAGCAAUUAAAAAGUCAAAAUCUGGAAAACGUAAAAGGAAACGGAAUGAAUCAAAAGAAGUUUUACAAGAAACAAUUACUACUAAUAAUGAUGUUGAUAUACCUGAAAAUAUUGAAGAAGAAGAAGAACCAGAAGAAAGGCCUAAAGGAUUAAUUAUUUUUAGAAAAGAAAGAGAUGGUGAACAAGAAAAAGUUGAAUUAAAAUUAACAGAAAGACAAUUAGAACAGAUGAAACUUGGUGAUCAUGAUUAUUUAUUACGUGAAGGCCGUGUUCAAGAACUUGUUUCAACUAUACUUUUAAAAAUAAAAAAUUAUUCAUUUGAAUAUAUUGUGGCCGUGUUCCAUCAAAUUCGUAUUCGACAACAACUUAAACUUGCACUUUCUGAUCUUGAAAGAUUUCAACUUGUCAAUCUUUUUCAAUUUUUGACAAAUAAUAUUGGAAACAAGCAAUUUUUUGAUAUUUUAUAUGAUGUGAUAGUUGUUACAUUAGAGAUUUAUGUCCAGAAACCUUUACAUAGAGAUGUUCGCAAUGCUGUUCGCCUUCUUCAAAAAAUAUUAGAUAAAGAGAUUGAAGCUCAGAAAAAACUUUUACGAAAUGGAGGCCUUUUUGAAAUGAUGAAAAAUGGAAAUAAAAAUAAUUUAACAGUCAAAAAAGAAGAAAAAUUGAAGGUUAAAGAAGAAAAUAAAAAUGUAGAAAUGAAGGAAAAUGAAGAAGAGGAAGGUGAGGAAGAUGAUGAGGAGGAGAAGGAAGAGGAGAAGGAGAAAAAAGAAGAGGAGAAGGAAAAGAAGAAAGAAGAGGAGAAGGAGAAGGAAGAAAAAUCAAAAGAAUUGAAGCAAUCCAAGAUGAAUGGAAAAAUAAAUUCAAAUAAACCGGCUACUAAUGAUGAUAAUGAUGAUGAUACAAGUGGUGAUUACAGCAGCAAUGAAGAUGAAUAA